AUGUACAGGCAUCCACUCACUCCUGGAAUUUCCCAUUGCAUCGUACGCGUACUAACGGAUCAUCCUUACGUCAUCACCAGAGGCCUAGCCGAAACAGCAACGGUGGACAGCGAAGAGCUCGAAACCCAACUGCAACCGCUAGCUCCAGAGGGCGAGGAAUUGCCUGCAGUCACCGAGAUGGACGACAUCCUAGAAGACUGUAUCAACUGCUUCAGGAACGUUGAGUUGAACGCAGCGCGAGAGUCAGCGCAGUCGACAGACGCGGAAUUAGACGAUCUAAGCCUGGCUGCCAAGGAGUUGUGGGAGCUAGACACGAACCGGCUAGAGCCGGAUGUCGACUACCAUGUGAAUUUGCAGGAUGGUAAGGACGCAUACCAGAGUGGGAAUGCGGCGGAGAUGCCUCUGUUCCAGUAUGUGGAUAAGCACGUGUUCAGAAGGCCGACAUUCGCAGCGUUUUACAAGCUUCUGGACAACUAUGAGAGGAGUACUGGCCAGGAAGAGAGCGCGAGCAACACGGAAAGGGCUGAGAAUAGCGACUUUCUUACCAAGAUUAUGCGCACGCCCUGUAUGGAGUUCUGUUACAACUACUGCCGGGAGAAAGGUGCGUUGCCCGAUGAGUUCUACAGACGAGAUAACCGCAAUGACUCGUCCGGGUUUGAGCACGUGUUCGUGGGCGAGGAACGCGACGGCAAGGUUAUCGGGCUACACAACUUGUUACAGUUGCUCAUAGAGGAGCGUCGCAAAGCGCUCAAUUACAAAGGAUACGUGAUACCCCGCAGACGCACACAAGAUCCCACCGCCUUUGACCAAGUACUGACCCUCCAGUUCGAAUGGGAGGGUGAGCUUGAGCCUGUGAGCACGUGUUUUAUUGGGGUUUCCCCCGAGUUCGAGAUGGCGCUGUACACUCUGAUGUUCCUGUGUGGAGGCGAAGAGAAUGAAGUGACUGUCGGGGGGUAUGAUCUAACGGUUGUGUGCCACAAGAUUGGCCGCACGAACCCGAAGAUUGGAUCCGCUUUCCCAAAAAAGAGAUUAGAGCAGUCAAUAAAUGGUACCUAA